AUGUUUAAGGAAGGUCCCACAGUAUGGGACAAGGAUAUUAACCAAGCUGAACAUAACGCGAAUCUUCUGAAAACGCGUUACCUAAAUUUACCGACUUUGGAAAACCAAGCAGCAAUGCAACAGGCCACUAUGCAUUGCCUUGAGGCGAUUAGGUCCAAACUCACUCGUACGUUUCAUCAUCGGCUCAGUAAGCUGAACCCUGGCGACCAUCUCUCCUGGAAGUACAUAUCGGCAUGUAAACGGGCUACUCCCCCCUCUUCUCAAUCUAUUAUUUUAAGUGUAGGCAAGAAACAGCUUAGUACCUCGCGUCAAACGGCGAACGCACUUAAUCGCCAUUUCUUCCCCCCCUCUCCAAGGAUCAAACCACAUAGGUUUUCUAGAAGGCGACAUGGAAGAGGCCAACAGAGUCCCUCUUCCCCUUCUUCUCUUUUUUCUUCUUUAGGUUUUUCUCUCCCCUCUAUAGGUACACAGAAUUCUUUUUUCACAUCUGAUGCUGACUUUCUUCCCACUUCUUCUUCUUCUUACUCUUCCCCUCUUGAUGCCCCAUUUCGCAUGGCCGAAUUACUUGCAGCGAUUCGAGAUACACCCAGCGGCAAAGCGCCUGGCCCUGAUGAAAUUUACAGUGAGCCUCUCCACCAUUUGUCCGAUAAUGGUAGGAAAUUCGUCUUAAAAUGCAUAAAUCAAAGUUGGCAAACAGGAAUUAUACCUGCUCAAUGGCGUUGUGCGACCGUAGUCCCGCUAUUGAAGCCAGGUAAGGCACCGGAAAAUCCCAGUUCGUAUCGUCCUAUUAGUCUUACAUCAAUAUUAUGUAAGGUAGCAGAAAAGAUGGUUCUUCGGCGACUUUUGUGGGUUUGGACGCCCCACCCACAUCAAUAUGCAUAUAGAAGUAUGCAUACCACAGCUAUGCAACUUGCUCAUCUAGUCGACACUGUUGAGCAUAAUCGGAAUGAAUAUUUUGACGUUCGUCUUAAUAAACGACAUGCGAAUGGAGUGCAAAUACAUUAUCGACCACAUCGUACACUACUAAUACUGAUUGAUUUUAGUCGUGCCUUUGACUCUAUCAAUCAUCGUGUACUCAGUGAACGGCUUGCCCAUAUACCUGGGACAAACUGUAGAAGGUGGCUUCGAAAUUUAUUGUGUGAUAGAUUCGCGCGGACCAGGGUCGGGAAUACAAGAAGCAAGAAGCGUAAUGUGUCUCAAGGAGUUCCGCAGGGUUCUGUAGUAGGGCCGUACCUUUUUUCCCUCUACGUACACCCGCUCCUUAACUUGCUUAAUGAUUCCGCUGAAAUAUCGGCUGAUAUGUAUGCUGACGACUUAUCAAUCAUCAUCAAAGGGCAGUCUCGCGAAGAGGCUAUCCCUAAGGUCAAUCUAGUUCUCCGACAGCUCCAUGAAUGGAGCAUUCAGAACGACCUCCUGGUGAAUCCGUUAAAGUGCGAAGCAGUAUGGUUUACAAUGUCAACACACACUGAAGAUGAUCGCGAUCCAGAUGAUAAACAUAAGCUAAUCUAUAACGGCCAUGAAAUCCCUGUGUCAACUAUGGGAUCCACCCAUCUCCCUAAGCUGCUUGGACUACCACUUGAUCCGCGGCUGUCUUUCAAUACCGCCGCGAACGCCCAGAGUGCUGCCACAUCGACUCGUAUAGCUCAAUUAAAAUGUGUAGCACAUAAAUCGGCCGGACCUCGACCCCAUGACAUGAGAACUUUUGUCAUUGGAUAUGGAUCGUCCAAACUUCUAUAUGGAAGAGGACUAACAUGGGCCUUAAGUGAUGAUACCGCAAAGAAUGCGUUAAUGCGGACCCAAGCAAGCCUUGCACGAAUAGUCAGUGGAGUUCCGUCUACGACGGACCCUGAAUCUGCUUUACUGGAAGCUAAUAUGAUGCCAUUACAUAUUAUUGCACUUGGUGCUCGUUUUGCACUAUUUGAGAGAGUACGUGCAUGUCAUAAGGACUGGUAUCAUCCCCCGCCUCCAGAACCUCCUCCGCGUAAAGGUUUUCGCAUUUCGCCUAUAUCACGCAGAGACCUCUACUCUUUCGUAGACUCUCUCAUGAUGGAAAACGGUAUCAAUCAACACAGUACACGGGAAGUACGCUUCUUCCAUACAAGCAUUCCGCCGUGGUCAGUACACCUCGCCUCCAACGUCACCUUUGGUCUCGAAGUCUAG